AUGACAAUCACGACUCUCGAUAUUCCCACUCUGAAGGCGGUCAAGAAUUCUGUGAUUGGCAACCGUACCGCGAAAGGUUCAUAUGGCAGAGACGAGGCUUUCGUAUCCAGGUAUGACUUUCCGUUGAAGCAUUGCCCCCGCAUUAAGGCGGAGGUCUCCACGACCGACGUACGCAUUGAAGCCGCACAUAUCAUCGCGUCGUUGUCAUACGGCUCCCCCGAUGCAUUCAGAACGCUUCUGAGGGUGAACGCAUUACAAGCUUUGCUCUAUGCCGUCUCAGCGUUCGGCCCCUCCGAUUCUGCGGCUUUGCGAGGAGCGUUGGCUCGUGCUCUCCGUGCUCUAUCCUGUGCUAUUGCAGACGUGGUUGGACCGUCGCAAUGGGGCAUCGCGCCAUCCGUAUCGGACAUGCGUGCCGAGGCCAAAGCGGCCGUGGACUACUUGUUCCAGCCCGAAGUCUUGGACCUUUAUAUUCCCCUCCUCGUGGACCCUUCUCCGCAGGUCGACAUCGCUAUCGCAGAGCUUCUUUCGUCCUCUGUUCGAGACUCUUGCCACCGAUUGAAAGUCUCGGCUUGGUGCCCUCCCGCAGAACGGAAGGCGGAGGCGAAGGGGAAACGCGGAUGGGAGAAGCGUGACCCUACGAAGUCGCCGAGUCGACAAGGUGGAUGGAUCGCACGUACGCUCGUGGCUCUCCUCCAACGUAAAGACGUGAAGGUUCAGGAAGCCGCGCUAUCGGCGCUGGCUUCAAUCGUGAAAGACAACGAAUCUCUGGCCGCCCGACUCUCGAGAUCUCCUCCAGGACAAGAACCACCGUUGUCUACGAUCAUGGUCCUCGCAAAGUCUCGGAACACGGAUCUCCAGCUUGCCGCGGUGCUAUGCGCGACUCAUGUCCUUCGAGCCUCGUCUUUGACGGCGAUGUCGCACAGCAGUGGGCGUGCUACUUCCGAGGAGGCCAUUGCCAUUACCAUUCUGCAUGUUCUCGUUCGAAUCAUCGGUUCGUCAACGGCGAACAACCAUGCACGUGCGAAGGCUUGCUUCAUCGUUUAUCACCUGGUCACAGAUCAUAUGCCAUUUUGCGAGUUGGCAUUCGAUCGAAAAACUCUUCACGAAGUCGCGCAUCUCAUUAACUCUAUCACCCCGACCGAGAAGUCGACAGAGGCUGAAGAAGACGAGCCCGAGAGCGUCUCUCGUUUGCGCGAGGCCGCUCUGACUACGGUUGCCUCAAUCUCGCUGUUCUCGACGGAUAUCCGCAACGCAGUGACCGACGAACUACAAUUGAUCCCUGCCAUCCAGGCAAGCUUGAGACAUCCUUCAGUGGGAGUGCGACAUGCGGCCUGUCAAUGUGCACGAGCCCUCAGCCGCGGAGUAUCUGCAUUACGGACGAACAUCAUCGACACUGGGCUCGGAAUGUCCGUUUUCACUCUCUUCAUGAAGCAGGACGAGGAUCGACAUGUCAUGCACGCUGCCACUGCGGUAGUCUGCAACCUGAUUAACGAUUUCUCUCCUCUACGUCUAACGAUCAUCGAACAGGGCGCAAUGGAACGAUUGGUUCAGCUUCUGGACACCGAGGAUCCUGCGUUGCGACUCGAUGCGCUGUGGGGAUUCAAAAACAUUGUGUACAAGGCCACACCCGAUCUGAAGCGGCAAGUCAUGAUGUGUAUUGGGUGGGAUAACAUGAAGCGCCUGCUCGUAGACGAAGAUCCCCGUCUGCAGGAGCAAGCAUUUCAUAUUCUGCGCAAUCUCGCUGACGGCACCGAGGAGGUUGAGGCAAUGCUAGCUGAGAUGGGCGGUAGUGAGGUCUUACUCGACCUUCUGGUUGACGCGAUGGACUCGGAAGACGACAACGUCGUCCUACAGGCCGUCUUCUUACUGGCCAACGUCGCAAAUUACCCUGCCUAUCAGAGGCACAUCCUGCUCGACAAUCGCAUUCUACGUCAACUACGGGAAUGUUUGGUGGACGCGAAGAGGGAGAUCCGACUGCCGGCAGUCUCCUGCGUUCUGGAGCUUGCGCCUAGCGGGCGGCAGAUGGGGAUCGAGGAUGAUCCACAGAUUCAGGACAAGGCGCGGCAGGCGUUGUCGUGGAUAGAGCAGAACACCGAUAUGGAUGUGUAA